AUGUCCCAAGUAAUGAGCACCAUCACUCGACGCGAAAAAAGGUGCUUAAUUGAUUUUGACACGAUUUCCCCGGAUAGACUAGAUUAUGCGCUCAUCUUAAUUUGUUCAAGAAUUAUCGUACGAAUUCAAUUGAAAUGUUUUGAAGAUUUGGUUUUCUCCGUAAAUGACAUCAAAUUCAUAGUUCGUAAAGAAAUCGAAAUGUUUCCUGAAAAACUUGCAAGAUUUUCGAUUCAAAUGAAAGAAUUUAAUUAUUGUCAUGAUUUAAAUGACAAUACAUUGUUUGAUUGUAAAAUUAAAAUCGAUCCAAUCGUGGACUUUGAGGAACCGUUGGAAUCAAUUCGAAAAAUUUUAAACGAUGAGAUCUCCUCCAAACGUAACUCUAAUCCAUCUGUCGUUAAACGAAUAUACAGGAAUUUAAUAAAUUUAUCCGAUGAUUUACAAAAGUACUUUAACGAUAAAAAGAAACAUAAUAUACGCCCUAUUUACUUCCUAGAUACAGUAAUUACUUUGUAUAUCAGGAAGGUAUUCCUGGUAAGUAAAGAAGAAUCAUUUAUUUCAUUUCCGGUGGCACUCGUUUGGUUGCCAACUUUGACGAUAUCAGAUGAAAUAAUCCAAAGAAAUGCCUCAGCUUUUUAUCUUCGAAAAAAGCCCGAAUUCUUGG